AUGUCUCCUACAGGGAAAGCCGUCGCAGUUGCAGGCUUCGCAGCCCGCGUCCUGAUCUCCCCCCCGGCCACCUCUAUCUUAGAGUCGGCUGCUGUGGUAGCCCGUCUUCAAUCGUACGGCCGCGUCAUUGCCUUCAACAAAGGUCCUACCAAUGAUUCCGAAAAACAAGAGAUGGAGGUGAUUUAUUCCUCUGACAAGCAAAUGCGUGAUGCUUGCAAAAACAGUCCCAUUGAGGUCAAAGCCAAUCAACAGAUUCCCGAUCCCAAAAUCGAAGAUCCAUACAACGUUCGAGGCCUACAGUACAGGAAGUCGCCUGCUCCAAAGAUAAUUACUUGCAACAUCGUGCCCAAAAAUAAUCAUCGGUACACAGGCCAAACCGUUAUAUCUCAAGCCUUUCAACCAUCCUACGUGGGCGUCCUACACGAGAGUCUCGUGGACUCGGAGGCUCCAAUGAGCCUAAUUGACGCCUUGGGUGCUUCAUCUUCAGGCAAAGAUCAUCUGCCGUUGGAGAAUACAGUGCAGCGACCUUUGGACCUAAUGGCCGCUUAUCGUAGAGGCAUCCAGCAGCACACCAGAACCAAAGAAUCGCAGUCUCAGUCAGGCUCACAGCUAGACAAAGAAAAUCCAGACGAUUCACACACCCCAUCGAACCCUUGAUUAGUCCACUUUGAUCACUCAGACUUGUGAUCCAUCAUCCAAUCUAAUCCUGUAUUGAG